AUGGCCAGAACAAAUCAAGGCUUGCUAGUGCAUAAAUGGGCACCCCAGUUGGAUAUCCUGAGUCACAAAUCAAUUGCAGCAUUUUUGAGCCAUUGUGGGUGGAAUUCAAUCAUUGAGAGCUUAAGCCAAGGAGUUCCAAUCAUUGGGUGGCCAAUUGCAGCUGAACAAGGCUACAAUUCGAAGAUGUUAAUCGAGGAUAUGGGGGUUGGUGUGGAAAUAUGCAGGGGAUUGCAGAGGAAUCUGGAUAAGGAAGAUGUGAAGAAUAUUGUAACAAUGGUUCUUGAUAAUCAAGAAGGAAAAGGGCAAGAAAUGAAGAAAAAAGCGCUUGAGAUUGGGAAAUUGAUGAGGGAUUCUGUCAAGGAAGAUGAAGGAUUCAAGGGUUCUUCAAUCAAGGCCAUGGAUGAUUUCAUUUCUGCAGUUUUAUCCAAGAAGGCAAAAAGUUGA